AUGUGCGUGCAUCUCUCGCCCGGUUUGCUCACUCUCCCGCAUUCUGUGAUUGUGAGUGAUUCACACGCAUCGUCUGACUACCCUUCUCCGCUCACGCCUGCGGCCCUCGAGGGCGGCGCACGUAGGAGUCCCGGAGUGCUUGGAUCACUGGUCCAGUCUGACAAGAGCACCCGCGUCCUCGUCGUCGACCAGUUCCUGCUCGACCUCCGCCGCGCCCUCGGCACGCUUGAAGGCCUGCCCAUGCCCACCCUCGCCACCAUCGACGGCCCCGCGCUCGGCGGCGGCCUCGAGCUCGGGCUCGCGUGCGACUUGCGCAUCGCAGGACACGCCGUGACGAAGAUCGGGCCGCCCGAGGUCAGGCUCGGGAUCGUCCCCGGCGCGGGCAGGACACAGCGGCUCACGCGCCUCCUGGGUCUCUCAUCUUCGCCGCGCAGGAGGCGUUGA